CUGUUGAUCAACAAACGCCCUGCCCAGCGCGCCUACGCGUAAGUAGGGACGUUGAGCAGCGCGGUACUGCACCACACUGUUCGUCUGCACGCCGCCCGGUGGCCCCUGGGAGCCGUGAGGACCCGCAACAGGCAGCCUUGACCACAGCGCGUUCUCGACCGCAGAGCUCGUCGUCCCAGAAAACCAAGCAACGCCAUGUCGAGCGUCAACCCCAACGCCGGCAGCGUCUUCGGCCCGGCCAUGGCCGACGUCUGGGGCGUCACUACCAAAAAGCGGAAACGCAAGCAAGCGCAACGGGACGAACGUAUUCAAUCGGACUACGAAGCUCGACACGGCGCUCCGAGAACGAAUGCGAAAUCGUUGCAUCCGGAAGUCGCCGCCGUCGCCGGUGAGGCGCAUGGUGCGCUGAUCGUCGGGAACAGAGAUAGAGCGAUCCAGCUCUUCGGGGAGGUCGUGCGGCGGGCGCCGGACCACCCCGACGCCUAUGCUACCUUAUCAGAAGUGUUUGAGGCUCGUUCAGAUGAAGGUGACCUCGAGAAGGCUCUGCAGUUAGCGCUAGUCGCGGCCCACUUGCAGACCGAAGAUCCAGAAGGCUGGCGGCGCGUCGCGAUCUUAGCCUUGGAUUCGAAUGAUGAUUCUACAGCAAAAGACGCGUUGGAUCGAGUCCUGCGCAUGGAUCCUUCGGAUUGCGCCGCAUUAGGUGAUCUGGCGCAACUCUUAGGGAGGAUGGGCAAGCAUGCCGAAGCUGCGGACCGGUGCGACUCCUUUUUAUCUCAGAGAGAUGAUGUGACGCCGGAAGUCACUUCAUUAUACUUAGUACUGGCGGAGCACUGUAGUCAGAGCGAGCGCUACGACGAGGCCAAAAAAGCCCUCAAAAGAGCUCUGGACGAUGCGCAAAGAUUGGUGUCGAACGGCGACGUCGAUGCGCGAGAGACGAAGGAGCGGGCCGCCGUCGAGUUGGCACGACUGAAACUGCGAGAAAAUGAUAUUGACGGGGCUCGUCAACUACUAGGUGAAGCGUCGGCGAAUGAACCUUUGGAUGUCUCGGUGUUAAGGGGUUGUUGCGACCGCGACGCGUCGAAAUGGGCUCCGUUGAUCCCGCAUUUACGACGCGUUUCCACGGAGAUCGGCGCGGGCAACGAGGCGUCGUGUCGGGCCCACGAGCGCUUAGCAGUUUUGGUGGAGUGCUGCUCAUCAUGCGCGGGCGACGACCAAGAAGAUGUUGUUAGAGCCUUGUUAGACGGGGCCGCGAGGUGCGCCGCGGCGCGCGGCUCUCUGAAGAGACCGGACGCGGCGCUGUGGCGCCGCAAGGAGUCCGACGCCCACGCGUCGUUGUCGAACCGCUUUUUGCAGCGCGGUUCCUUGUAUGCGGCGUCCCAACGCGCCGAACGCGCUUUGAAAGCCGACGCGACGCAUGUCCCGGCGUUGCGGGCCUUCGUCGAGUGUAUUAACAGAGGCGCGUCGGUCCGUCUGGAGGCCGUGGCGCAGCCCUUUGCGCGUUUAGCAAGAAGUACGAAAACCGCAUCCAAUGAGUUGGAGGCGUGGGUGGCCUACGCUGCCGCGCUCGAGGCCGCGCUCGAGGUCGCUUCCGGAAACGCGACGUUGUUGGCGAUCGCGUCAGCUAGAGUGGCCACGAAGUUGCGAAGGGUGGCUACACAACAACCUUUGGCCAUCGCCGCCAUGACCGUCGCGUGCGGCGAGGACCCCUUACUGGCGUUGAGCGCGGCACUCGCAAAAUGCGGCCGGGACGCCGCCGACGUGUUUCGGAGGGUUGAGAGGUUGUGCAAGACCGACGAGGAAGCUUCUAUUGCGGGUACUUUGAAACAGUGCGGUAAUGCUUUAGAUUGCACCGACACGGCGGAUCGCGUCGUGAGGGCGAUGGCCUUCGUAGAAAAGUUAGGGUUUGUUUUAUUUGAGGGCGACGAACUUGCUUCCUUAGUGAGUGCGCGCUCUAUGAACAUAGAGGACGGUAUGAACAUGGACCUCGCGCGCGUGACGUUACAAACAGGCAAGGCGCCGCGCGACGCGGCCACCGUUGAGACUUUACGGCAAGCUCUGAUAAAAGCGGAGGAGCUGGACAUGACAUCAAGCGUGGAGUGCGUCGACGACGCCCUGUCCGACCUUUGUAGACGAGUGCAAUCGCCGCCGAUUACCUCCCUGGUCCAGUCGCGCCAGCGCUGCCAGCCGCGGAAGAGUACAACGCCCAUGGAGGAGUCGUCGUCGUCGGACAGUGAUCAAGAACCUGUUCAAAAGCGCCCUCCGUGCAUGAAGACCUGCCCCGGGUGUUCCACAAAACUCCACAACUGCGUCAAGACCUGCAACACCUGCGGCACGACGUUCGGGAGCAAGCCCCAACGACCGGUGGAAUCAUCUGAUGACGACAUGCCGCCGCCGCGCCAGGAGGACUCGUCGUCGUCUUCCGAGGGCGAGGCCUGCGUGCCGCGAAGCCGCGUCUACUUCGAAAGUUCCUCAUCAUCAUCCUCGUCCGAGGAAGAAAUUAUCAUACGGCCGUCGCGCUUCGGGCGCCAGCGCCAGAAGACGCAGCGCCUCUCGGACAUGAUGGGCGGCCGGGGCAAGAGCUACGACGAACCACGGGACAUGGCGGGGCGCCGGCUGCCGUCGUCGUCGGAGGACGAGUCGUCGUCAGAUGAUGAUAGUGAGCCGCGGCGGAAGCGAUACGUGGAGAAGCCCCACCAUCGCGCCGGGAAAGCACCUUCCAAGGUCUGCCCGAAGUGCCAGACGCGCAUGCACUCGUGCAAGAAGAAGUGCCCGACGUGCGGCGAGUGCUUUGGCACCGCAAAGGCCGGCGGCGCCCACGCCGAGCGCUGGAAGCACAUCCAGUCGCACGCUUCCGGGAACACCGAGGCCGACGUCAUGAUCUUGAGAGUGGAGGAGCUGCGCGAGCGGUUGGAAUCGCGGGGGCUGUCGUCCGAGGGCCUGAAGAAGGAGCUGCAGGCGCGGCUGCUCGCCGAGUACCGGAAGCCGCCGGGAGAUCCGGCGGCCGACGCGGCGGCGGCCGCGGCCGCGGCCGACGCGCGGCGCGCGGCGCCCGCGCCCGCCGCCGGAAGGAAGAAGCCCGCGGCCGGCGGCCCUCGGAAGAAACAAACACCGGCGCCGGCGCCGGUCAGCGGCCGGAAGAAGCAGACGAUCGCGCCGCGGAAGGCGCCCAAGAAGAAGAAGGACGGCGACGGCGCCGCCUGCGCGCCGCGGCGGGCGGCGAAGCCCCUGGUCGGCGGCGAGGACGCGCGGUCGCUCAUCGAGCGCGCGGCGCCGAUCUCCGUGCGGCAGGACAACCCGAAGAAGGGCGCCUCGGCGCUGCGGUAUGCCAAGUACAUGGCCGCGACCACCGCCAAGGAGUAUAUUGACCUCGGUGGUUCUAGGGCGGACCUGAAGCACGACAUCAACAAGGGCUUCGUGAAGGUGCUCGCGCCGGCCGCGCCCGCGCCCGCUGUUGUCGUGAUGCCUCCGCCGGCUCCGGCGGCGGCGGUCCCGCCCGCGGCCGGCUCCGACGACGGCGCCGUCGCCGCGCCCGCACCGGCGCCGCCGGUCGCCGCGCCCGCGCCGGCCGCCGCGGCGGCGCCCGCCGACCCGCGGCUCCGGGUCGGCCGCGCGGUGCGAAAGAAGUUCACGGGCAGCGGCUGGUUCGACGGCUCAGUGACGUCCAUCGCCGACGGGAGCUUCGAGGUGCGCUGGUCCGACGGCGACGAAGUCUCGUACCCCUUCAAGGCGGCGACGAAAAUGCUCGACGCCGCCGAGGGCACGGCUGUCGCGCCCGUUGCCGCCGCCGUGGCCGCGCCGGUCGUCGAGUAG